AUUAUCAAAUGGAGUACGUUUUGUCUUUGUAAGAAAUCCCAAAAACUUCUUCCAAACAAAUUGUCCAUAGAAACACCGGAUACGUAAAAAAGAAAAAGAAAAAAGAGAUUUGGCAAUUUAUAUUUUUGUUUCUCCACAUUACUUCAACACUUCGUAAUCAACCAACUUGUCCCCAAGUUUUCUUGCUCUUCAGAGCUUCGACACACAGAGCAAUAAAGUUAUACGAGCCGAGUAUGUCGAAGCUAUUUCCAUGGCGUCACUUAACCCGUCAAGCACAGAAUACCCUCUAUUCCAAAAUCCCCAGUAUCCCCUCUUUAUCAUUCAUCAAGAUUCCCCAUUUCCUUUUCCAUUCUCAGCCAGAGGAAGAAGAUUUCGACCCUCCAUUUUCUCCCACCUUAAAACCCCGGAAACCCAAUAAAAAGAAAAAAGGAGAAAAGAAACAGAAUGCUUCAUCCACUGAAGAUUGUGAAAAAGUUCACAACUUUACUGUGAAUUCCGAUUUGCCCUUUGAUUAUCGAUACUCUUACUCUGAGACCAACCCGGCGGUCGAGCCAAUUGGUUUCCGUGAACCGACCCGGUUCUCUCCGUUUGGACCGGGACGGCUUGAUAGAAAAUGGACCGGGACUUCAGCUCCGCGUUUACAGUCGGGGGAUUUGGAGAAAGUAGCUGAAGAGCGGCGGCUGGUUCUCGGAGAACCGCUCUCCGAGGAAGAAACGGCGGAGCUAGUUGAAAAGUAUCGUCACGAUGAUUGCUCUCGCCAAAUAAAUUUGGGGCGGGGUGGAGUUACACACAAUAUGCUGGAAGACAUCCAUAGCCAUUGGAAGAGGGCUGAAGCUGUAAGGAUUAAGUGCUUGGGGGUGCCAACACUUAAUAUGGAUAAUGUAUGCUCUCAUCUCGAGGACAAAUCAGGUGGAAAGGUUGUCUAUCGCCAUAUCAAUAUCUUACUCUUAUAUCGUGGUCGAAACUAUGAUCCCAAAAGUAGACCUACUGUUCCUGUGAUGCUGUGGAAGCCUUUGGCUCCAAUAUAUCCAAAGCUUGUGAAGAAUGUUGCUGAUGGCCUGACAUUUGAAGAAACGAAGGCGAUGAGGAACAAAGGGCUCAAUGCUCCUCCUUUAACGAAACUCAGCAGAAAUGGAGUGUAUGUGUAUGUGGUGGACAAAGUCAGAGUAGCGUUUGAAACAGAAGAAGUCAUUAGAUUAGAUUGUACCCACGUGGGUACAAGCGACUGCAAAAGAAUCGGUGUUAAAUUACGGGAUCUGGUACCAUGUGUUCCUAUCUUGUUCAAAGAUGAGCAGAUUAUUCUCUGGAGAGGCAAAAAAGAUGAAGAACAGAACUCCGGCUCCUGAAUGGAACUUAAGCUCACAGAUGUGUUUUGGAAUUUCGAGCUUCCAUCUCAGAGCAAGGCAUUCACAAUCUUCAUUUGGAAAAUGAAUCUGGGGAGACUUCUCGACUGUUGCUUGAACUUGUUAAUAGAAGAACUCGCCAUUAUGUUUGAUGACAUUAUCCUGGGUUCUCUUAUUUUGGACUUGUGCUAAAUUAGGCAGCUCAGAUCACACAUUACUCAUAGAUGCCAAGGAAAUGCUAGUAGGGAAUAGUGGCUGUAAUUAUUGCAAUACCAGUCCUCUUUCAACAGGCCAAAAUUAGUGAA